AUGUCAGCCAGAAAGGGCUAUCUGCUCCCUUCGCCAAAUUAUUCCACAACAAUGUCAUGCUCCGAGAGCCCGGCUGCAAACUCUUUUUUGGUAGACUCCCUGAUCAGCUCGGGCAGAGGGGAAGCGGCGGGAGCAGGAGGCGGAGGCGGAGGCGGAGGCGGCUACUAUCCCAACAGUGGUAUCUACCUGCCACAGGCGUCCGAUCUGUCCUACGGGCUGCAAAGCUGCGGACUUUUCCCCGUUCUGGGCAAACGCAAUGAAGGUACUUCUCAAAACAUGGUCCCCAACUCGCACUCCUACGUGUCAGGGAUGGAAGUGUGGCUAGAUCCUCCCCGGUCCUGUCGCAUGGAAGAGCCGGAGAGCCAGCAGGCCACCUCGUGCUCCUUCGCUACAAGCAUUAAAGAGGAGAGCUCCUACUGCCUCUAUGACUCAGAGAAAUGCCCCAAGGGCUCGGCCGCCACAGACCUCGCUCCCUUCCCCCGGCUGAGUGCCGAGGUCAGCCCAGCCAGCAGCGGCGGCGGGGUCCCCGUCCCGGGCUACUUCCGCCUCUCCCAGGCUUAUGGCACUUCCAAGAACUACGGCGCGGGGCCAGCCGGGGCUGCCCCUUUCCCUCCGCAGCCCCCCGGCCGCUUCCAGACGCCUCCAUCUUUGCCUCCCGUCCCGGACCCGGGGAGGAAGGAGGAUGAGGAACGCUCCCCAAGCCCCUUGGCGUGCGUCUCCCAGAGGGAGGACGAGACUCAGGCUUCAUCUUCCACCGCAGAGGAGCUCUCUCCAGCUCCGUCAGAGAGUAGCAAAGCUUCUCCAGAGAAAGAGCCUGUAGGCAAUUCAAAAGGAGAAAAUGCAGCAAACUGGCUCACGGCAAAAAGUGGCAGAAAGAAACGAUGCCCCUAUACCAAGCAUCAAACUCUCGAGCUGGAAAAGGAGUUUCUAUUCAAUAUGUACCUGACUCGUGAGCGUCGCCUAGAGAUCAGCCGCACAGUCCACCUCACAGACAGACAAGUUAAAAUCUGGUUUCAGAACCGCAGAAUGAAACUGAAGAAAAUGAACAGAGAGAAUAGGAUUCGGGAGCUCACAGCCAACUUUAAUUUCUCUUGA